AUGCCUCCGGUGGAUGCCAAUGAGCCAAGUGACGACAUCGAUGAGGUUGUUCCAGGCACAUCAUUGGAAGGACUGGGCAAGAUGUGGGAGAAUGACGAAACAAUUCGUGGCCGGGCUUUGGCAACGAAGUCUAUGCUCUACUGGCCUACUUCGGAACAGGUGGGUGUGAUUACCUUUGAUACCAUGAAGUACAAUGUUAGGGUUUUGAUGAUCCUUUUGGAGAAGUGGGCUCCUCAAGUGGAUUCUGCAAAAACGGUUUGCAUCGACCAACUGCGAGCCGAGGACCCAGUCAUCCGAACCAUCUAUGACUUCAUUGGCAAGUUCUGGGAGCCGAAGAAGAAGGGCAAGACUGUCAGCAAUUCUAGCCUAGAGUUGGAGAAGGUAGGGGACUUGGAGAAUGGAGAGCCUCCAUGCCUUCAUGAUGACUAUGGUGAGUCUUGUUUGGCAGAAGCCUUGGGAGUGUCGCCCAUUGCCCAGUGUCCAGCUGUCGAACCUAUGCGUGAUUCCCAGAUCCCUCCUGACACCUUUGGUGGCUUUGACGUUGCUCCUGAAGCCAGUGCUGCAGUGCCAGAGCCAGAGGAGAUUCCCAGCUCUCAGCUGGUCCCUGAAAACCUUGACCUUUUUCAAGACACUUUCGUCGAGCCUGGGACACCAGCUGGCUCAGAAGUUACAGCCACAGAGAUUGAAGUGACGCCGCAGGAGCCGAAGGUGGUUGAUUUGACUGGGAGUCCACCCCCUUUGAAGACUGUAGUCACUGACCCAAUGCCCAAUGCUGACAAGUACACACCUUAA